GGCUUCCACAAGGGGUCAGAUUUCGCCACGUGUCGCUCGCUCGUUCCCCCACAUGCGUUCCUCGCAAAACUCGAAUUCCUUGUCGCGCGCGCCAAGUAGUUGAGCCUGUCAUUCGUUCCUUGCCCUCGUCGGCCGACCUGCAUUCACCCUCGAGCUUGACGCGCAGCUAGCGGGCUUGCGAUUGACCGUCUCGCUUCGGUCGUAGGGUGCGAUUAUCGCAUGCAACGGGCGGGCCGAAUGGGAGUAAUGGCCGCCCCCUCCGCAACCCAACUAGCUUCCGCUUACCGCCUUGUAGCUAGAAGCAGCAUUAGCGGCGAAACAAGCACUGGCCGACGGCUUAGGAUAAGCGCUGGUGCGGGCGUAGGCUUGGGCAGUAGCGUGAGAUUAAGUAGAAUUGGGAGGAAUUGCACAGGUGGGGAUUUUUGGAAUGGCGGUAGGAGCGACAAGGGGGGAAGGAUUAGAGGGGAGGGGGAGGAGAUAGGCAGUGAUAUACAGCAGCAGCAGCAGACCGAGGAGGAGAAGGAACAAGGAAAGGGUAGGGGGAGUGGCAGCAGCGCGAGUGGCGUGAGUGGCGUGAGUGCGAUGGAGCUCCCUGUGUUCUGCGUGCAGUGGGCUGUGCUGCCUGGCGCCUCCGACUCCCUGCACAUCUUCAUGCCGCACUACGUGCUCAUGUUUGAGAAGCUCCUGGCUGGCCCGCCGCCCCACCUCUACGUGCACCUCCUCCUGCCGCCCUCCAUCCGCCGCCCGCCGCCUGUACUGCCACACUCCCGGGGCGGCAGCAGUAGCAGCAGCAUUCAGAGCAGCGGGAGCAGCAGCAGCAGCAGCAGCAGCAGCAGCAGCAGCAGUCGCAAGAGCAGCAGUGGUAGCAGCAGCAUUGAGAGGGAAAAGGCAAAUGAGCAGGGGGGUGUGUGGGGAGCAAGGAGAGUGAAGGGCAGAGUGCGGAGAACAUCACUGGUAGAUGCUCUCACCGGCCGCAUUGGCACCCUCAUGCAGGUGGAUAAGGUGAAGCGCUUCUCUGAUGGCCGCAUGCUCAUCGACAGCACUGCCCUCACCACAGUGCGAGUCAACCACCUGCUGCAGACCAUCCCGUACUGCCAGGCGCAGGUGCAGGAGCGGGAAGACCGGGAGGAGCUGCUGCUGCAGGCGUUCGUAGGGGGGCUGGAGUGGACCGAGGAGGAGGAGGAGGAGGAGGAGGAGGCGGAGGGGGAUGAAAAGAAGCUGUUAGGAGAUGGUGGGGAGGAGAAGGAGGUGUUACGGAGAGAGGGAGGGGAGGGUAGUGUGGCUGGCAUGGCAGACAGUGUGGCUGGCACGGCAGCAGACAGUGUGGCUGGCACGGCAGCAGACAGUGUGGCUGGCAUGGGUCGUGUGCUGCACUGGAGCUCCCCCAACAGCAUCAACCGGCGCGCCCUGCACCGCCUUUCCCUGCGUCUGCAGCGAGGGGAGAUUCGCCUCUGGGCCCUGCUACAGCAGACACGGGACCUCUCUUCUCGCCUGCGAUUGGACGGCUCCUUCCCCCCGCUCCCCCCCGCUCUGCUCCCCCUGCAGCCCCCCUGCUCGCAGCAUAUAAGCCCCUCCCUCUUGGGGGGAAGCAUCUUGGAGGGCGCUCAGGCGCAGCUAAUGGCCCUGGAUGGGCGCACAUGGGGGAAAACAGAUGGGGGGACAGAGGGGGGGACAGAGGGGGGGACAGUGGGAGGGACAGUGGGGGGGACAGUGGGGGGGGAAGCAGAGGAGGACGGGGGAAAGCUGAAGGGGACGCAGCAGGGGGGGGGUGAGGGGGGAGAGAGCGUAGGGAGGGAAGAGAGAGAGGAGAGAGAGGCGAAAGAGGGGAGAGAGGAGGAGCGGAAAGGAAAAGAUAAGCUGCGGGACCUGCAAGGGAACCACAACACGCCUCUAGGAAGCUUGUCUCAGAACGAAAGAAGGCAAGGGGAGGGUAAAAUUCAAGAGGAGGGGCAUGGGCAUGUCAGGGGGGUGAAGGGAGCGAGGGAGGGUGGGUUGAUGCGAAGAGAGGAGCCGCUCCUGCUGGUGCGGCGGGUGCAGCAGCUGUCGUUUGCUGCUGCUGGUGCUGUGCCGGGGGGCGUGGAGAGGGCAGAGGGGCGGCAGCAGCUGCUGGAGGCGAGGAGUAUCACACAGCGCAUUGGCAUCCUCACAGCUCUAUUCCUGAAGAGUCGCAGUGAGCUUCUAGCGCGAGUGGCCAUCAAACGGUCGCUCUUCGACUGACCGACUCAUGUGCCACUCAUGGCUGGCUCCAGCAGCAUGUCAUCCUCUGCAAGUUUUGAAUAAUGAAUAUAUUUAAACGUGCUGUGGGAUGCUCAAGUUCAAUGUCUACAAGUUUGAUUUGAAGUCAUGAGUGUAG